GGACCGGUUUGGGCGGGGCGGCGGCGCGCAUUGCCCGCCGGCCACACUGGCCGCCCUGCGCUCUGCGAGGGGCGUGUGCGCGGGCCCGGCACCCGCGGGCCCCAUGUUCACCGAGCUGAGGUCCAAGCUGAGCCCCCCGCGAGGCCGCGCUGGAGCUGUGCGCGCGGGCUUUGGGGAGCGCCGGGAUGUGGACGCCACUGCCCACUUCAGCUUCUGCCGGACCCUCCUGGAGCACACAGUGUCAGCAGAGAGCAUUCCCCGCCAUCUGCCUCGGACACCCGGUACAAGCCUUACGUGGCACGACUCCCGCAGCCAGAGAGCCUCCAGCAGCAGGCCAAUCAAGCUUCUACAGCAGCCCGGCACAGAGACUCCCCAGGGCCGUCUGUACUCUGACCACUAUGGCCUGUACCACACAAGCCCCUCGCUAGGUGGCCUGACACGGCCUGUGGUCUUGUGGAGCCAGCAAGACGUUUGCAAGUGGCUCAAGAAACACUGUCCCCACAACUACCUCGUCUACGUCGAGGCCUUCUCCCAGCAUGCCAUCACUGGCCGAGCACUGCUUCGAUUGAACGCAGAGAAGCUGCAGCGAAUGGGGCUGGCACAGGAGGCCCAGAGACAGGAGGUGCUGCAGCAGGUGCUUCGCCUGCAGGUGCGUGAGGAGGGGCGGAGCCUGCAGCUGCUCAGCCAAGCUUCUUUCGGAAACAUGUCCUAGCUGCUGCCCAGGCUUGGACCCCAGACCUCAACACUGUGACCGGAGCCCACGGCCAUGGAUAAGGCAGAGCUGGCCCUGCAGCCCCCUUGGACCCUGGCAGGAUGCCCUAGUGACUAAGCCCGGCCCAGUGAACAGGCAGGACCAGGACCACCACCACCAGGCGUGCCUGGUUACACACUCCAGAUUGUGCCCUGUGGGUGUGGUAGAGAAGCUGCUUGUGUGUAGCCCCUCCUCCUGUAACCCAAGCCCAGGCCCACCCCUGGUGCUGCUGGCAGCAAGCAGGGCAGCUGCCUGGAGCCUGAGUGGGAUUUGAAUGCCCCCAGAUUCCCCAGGAGUCUGUUUAUUUAUGUUCCCUUCACCGCGUGACCAUCCCCAUUGCCUGAGUCACGCAUGUGUUCCUUGACCCAUCCAGUUGUGUCCUUCCCAGGCACUGCCAGGUCAGUUGCACAGUGGGACAACCUGCCUUGGCUCCCUUAGGUUUGUGUUCCUGCCCUACCCCCACUAGGACCCAGCAGGCCCAAUCCAUUGUCCAGACUAGUGGUCAUCAGUACCCACCCAACUGUGUACCAUGCCAAGUGCUUCAUUCAUUAUUUUUGAAUCCCUCACCACAUCCACACCUACUUAUGAGAACCAAGGCUGAGAGAGGCCCAGGGUGCCCAAGACCCAAAGACAAACUGUGGUACCACAAAUAAUCUAUCCCCGUAUGAGUAAUUCCAUUCCCAGUUCACCAGGUUCAGCAGUGCUUCUGGCCUUACCUUUGGGAAAGUAUUGCUUUUAAGCAUCUUCCCUGGCUCUUGGAAACCAACUUGGAGAAUCAGUCAUGCGUGUGGGUUUUCCCCUUGUUGCUUUGUCAAGAAAAUGUGGAUUCACAGGGAGACUAUCCACAGGGUCAUGCCCCCACAUCUGCCAGCAGAUGCCUGAUAAACCCCUCCCUGGGCAGUUGGGGGCUGGUGCUGCCUGGCAGUGGUCCAGUGAGGGUGGCCUUGGCAGCCCCCCUCUUGCUCCUCUGCCCUCUCCCACUCCCCCAGGAAUCUGAAAAUCUCAGGGACAGGUGAGGUUAAGCCUCCAGUCCCUUCCCAAGAACUGGCCAUGGGACUUGAGGUUGGUCAUUGCAGGUACCAAGUGGAAUUUGGACAACUGGCCUGGCACCUACCAUCUUGUAUGCCCCACCCCACGGGGGACCCCCCCAUCUUGUCUUGGGGCUGGCUUCCAGUAUUUCUGCCUACCUAUGCCAUCAGCCCUGUGUCUGCCUCUUUUCUCCCUCCUGUGUUUUCUCCACCCCUUGCUUCUGUCCUGUCUUCCUUGUUUUUCCGCUUACUUUUUUAUACUCUGACAAGAAAUCAGAAAUAAACCUGGUUCUCA